UCAGUAUCCUCUCUGUUAUAUUCAGCAUAACUCACAUCUCCACUCAACAUGGCUUACAGCUGCUGCUCUGGAAACUACUCCUCCCGCUCCUUUAGGCGCUGCCUGCCCUCCUCAGGUUCCUCCUGUGGCUCUUCCUACCCCAGGAACCUGGUCUACACCACCACCAGCUGCUCUCCCAGCACCUGCCAGCUGAGCUCCUUUCUCAGCAGGGGCUGUCAGGAGACCUGCUUUGAGCCCACCAGCUGCCAGAGGUCCUGUGUGAUGUCCAGGCCCUGCCAGAUGCCCUGCUACUACCCCAGGAGCUGCACACCCUGCAGUCCCUGCCAGGAGACAUGUGCUGGGUCUCUGGGCUUUGGGUCCAGCAGCUGCCGUUCCGUGGGCUAUGGAUCUAGAAGGUGUUAUUCAGUUGGCUGUGGAUCCGCUGGCUUCAGAUCUCUGGGUUAUGGGUCCAGAUUCUACUACCCCGCACACUUGGCUUCUACAACAUUUCAGCCUUGUUAUAGAUCAAUCUGUGGUACUGGCUUCUAG